AUGAUGUCCCCUGCCACAGAACGCAUCUCUGGCCUUCGGUCGAGUACUCACUUGAACAUCACAGUUGUUCGUGCCUUCGAUCUUCCGAAGAUUUCCAAACUUGUCAAAGUCAAGUCUCGGACUGAAGAUGGUAGAUUCUAUGCCAUAUUAUCUGUCGAUGGAAAACGAGAGAAAACCAAGAUCGCUGACCCAAGCAGUGCUCCGGAGUGGAAUGAAAUUUUUUUCUUUGAUGCGCACCAAUUCUCCGUUCUGAAGCUCGACAUCUACGCCCGUCGCCUACUGGGAAAGGAUAUACACAUCGGCGGCAUCUCUGAAUUAAUCGCCGGCUUAUGUCCGCCGAUACUCACCAGUGGGAAAUACACUCAGGUCCAGUCAUUGCUAGACGUUACCAUGGCGAUCUCAGAGGAAACACCUGCCCGUGUUGAAUUCCGUCUUGCAAUCGUAGUCGACAGGCAACAAGCAGAGUCGGCCGAUAUUCGGAGAGACGCUGAGGCUGCCUUAGUCGACAUGCAUCCCCUCGCAAAGGGAGCUUCAACAUCCGCUCUUGGCCUUGUGAAGGACUUCGUUGAUAACUGGACGCCCCUCUUGCGAAAGGUCAAAUUAUUUUGUGACUUGGUGGACGUUCUCGCUGAAGUGAACCCUUACGCCAAAAUGGCCUGGAACAUAGUAUCUAUACCACAGAAGAUCAUGAAAAUACAGAUGGACCGCGACGACCGGAUACAGAAGCUCUUCACGACCAUGAACUCCUUUUAUGACAUAGUGAACGAUCUGGAGAAAGAGCUCAAGAGCGUCGAUUCUCUGCAAGACCUUCUGCAACGGAUAGCUCAACAGACUACAGAAUGCUUUUACUUCAUCCGUGACUAUGCAAAGACCGAGGGUUUCCUGAGUCGAACGGGACGGCACCUAUUCUCAGAGGCAGACAACAAGAUCAAUGAAUACUGUGCUGUGUUUGAUGAAUUCAAAGAUGAAUUCUACGGGCGAGUGUCAGUAAAGACUCAGAUUGUGGUGACUCGUAUCCUUGACGAAGUGCAAGAUCUGGCCACUGACAUCAACUUGGACGACAUCCCGUACGCGGAUGACGCUACCUUUGACGAGGCAAAGGGGUGUCAAGCGGGAACGCGCGUGGGUAUUCUAGACGAAAUCACGGAAUGGAUCAACGCUGAGGACGGUCCUCGUAUUUUCUUGCUAUCUGGUGCCGCGGGGACUGGCAAAUCGGCUAUUGCACACACUAUUGCUCAUCGCUUCAAAAACAUGAACCGUCUCGGAUCUUCUUUUUGCUUUGUGCGUGGCCGAACAGACCGCGGCCCGGACAAACUUUUCUCAACCGUGGCUCGUGAUCUGGCCGAUUUCGACGAGGGCAUACGGCGCACGCUAUACAAGGUUGUCAAGGAUAAUAAAGCACUGCGGGUCGCGUUAAAGGUUACCCAACAGUUCAACAACCUUAUUCUCAAACCAGUCGAGAUGCUCACGAUCACUGGUCCCGUCGUGAUAGUCGUCGAUGCUCUGGAUGAAAGCGGGGAUGCUUUAACGCGCCAAGACCUCCUCCGGGAGUUGGCCAGUAAAAUCGAAGCCCUUCCCGCCAAUUUCCGUAUCCUCCUCACAUCUCGCCCCGAACUUGAUAUCGAACGUUCGUUUCGAACGUGCAGCCAUAUCGUCAUCAAAAGGAUGGAGGAUCUUUCGUUGUCUUCAACCGAUGACGACAUCAGAUUGUACAUUCACAGUCAUCUGAGCCACCCUGAUCUAGAUGACAUCGAUGACGAAUGUAUGCGUACGCUUGUGUUGAAAUGCGAGGGACUAUUCCAGUGGGCAUCCGUCGCCUGUGAAUUUAUCAAAGGCGUGGGCAUUCCAGGAUCAGCUCCCAGGGAACGAUACGACAUUCUGAUUCAGGGUACAACAAGCGCAGCCUGGUGUCUGGAUAAUUUGUAUAGGACGGUUUUAUCUCAUUUUUUUCACCCAGCGGUCCCUUUGGUAAUGGAGAGAUUCAGGCUUGUCAUGGCCCUCGUAUUAGCGGCGUUCGAACCUCUUUCCAUGGAGUCACUGAACGAAGUUCUCUUUGCUGUGAAGGAAGGAAACCCGGGCUUCAAGGCGAACGUCAUCUUGGAAUACAUGGGCUCUCUGUUGAGCGGAGUGACUGGGAACGAGGCUGUCCGUCCAUGGCAUAAUUCAUUCCGCGACUUUUUGCUGGAUGAUGCCCGCAGCUCCGACUUCUACGUAGACACAUCAAACACUCACGCAGAGUUCACAGUCGCUGUGUUGUACAUCCUGAAGAAGCAGCUGACAUUCAAUAUAUGCCACCUGGAAUCCUCGUAUGCGGCAAACAAGGACAUACCUGACCUCGCUAAUCGCAUAACGAGGUAUAUACCAGCUCAUCUAUCGUACUCUUGUCGCUUCUGGGCGAAGCACUUGCAAACCACAGCCGCAAGCUUAGACUCUGAUCCUGAUCCUAGAGUGCUCAAAGGCGUGGAAGUAUUGCUCAAAGACAAGUUUCUAUUCUGGCUUGAGGUAAUGAGUCUUCUCGGUGCCAUACCUAUGGCUGCGCAAGCAACGUCUUCUCUCGUGGAGUGGAGUUCGAGUCUACCUACUGGACAAAUAUCCGAAUUGGCGAGUGGCAUGCAUGCGUUUGUAAACGCAUUCGGGUUACUCACAUCACAGUCUACUCCGCACAUAUAUCUAUCUGCCCUACCAUUCGCUCCGCAAAGUUCGACUGUAUUGGAGACCUUUGGUAAACACUUUCCUCACAGAUUAAAGGUUUCCGCUGGGGCCAACAGUCAUUGGCCAGCUACCCAGCAUAUCAUACAAACACGAUCUAGAGUGCUAUGCCUCGCAUUCUCAUCCGAUGGGUCGUGGAUCGUGUCAGGCUCGGAGGAUUCGACAAUCCGGGUAUGGGAUGCGGCAACAUUCGCUGCUCUGGGCGAGCCCCUCAAGGGGCACACAAGUUCGGUCUCUUCUGUUGCUUUCUCGCCAGACAGGUCAAAGAUCGUGUCAGGCUCGUAUGACAACACCGUCCGAGUGUGGGACGUGGCAAUGGGUGCUGCAGUGGGCGUUCCGUUCGAGGGACACAAACAUUCGGUAACUUGUGUUGCCUUCUCGCUAGACGGGUCGCGAAUUGUGUCAGGCUCGGACGACACGACGAUCUGGGUGUGGGACUCAUCAACGGGUGCUGCUGUGGGAAAGCCACUUGCGGGACACGCCAGCUGGGUCAAUGCGGUUGCUUUCUCACCCAAUGGGUCGCGGAUUGUAUCAGGCUCGGACGAUAAGACAAUCCGGGUGUGGGAUGUGGCAACGGGUGACAUCGUGGGAAAGCCUUUCGAGGGUCACAGAUAUUCGGUCUCUUCUGUCGCUUUCUCACCCGAUGGGUUGCAGAUUGUGUCAGGCUCAUACGACAAGACGAUCCGGGUGUGGAAUGUGACAACAGGUGAUGCUGUGGGAGAGCCUCUCGAGGGGCACACAGGUUGGAUCAACUCUGUCGCUUUCUCACCAGGCGGGUUAAGAAUCGUGUCAGGCUCGGAUGACAAAACAAUCCGGGUAUGGGAUGCGGCAUCGCGCACUGCUCUUGGUGAGCCUCUCAAGGGACACACAGAUUCGGUCCGGUCUGUUGUUUUCUCACCAGAUGGGUCUCGUAUCGUGUCAGGCUCAUGGGACAUGACAAUCCGGAUAUGGGAUGCAGCAACGGGUGCUGCCGUUGGCGAGCCUCUGGAGGAGCGCAUGAUUUCCGCCAAUUUCGUUGCUUUCUCAUCAGAUGGGUCACAGAUCGUGUCAGGAUUGGACGACAAGACAAUCCAAGUGUGGGAUGCGACAACGGGUGCUGCUGUGGACGACCCCUUCAAUGAACACAUAAAUUGGGUCAACUCUGUUACUUUCUCUCCAGACGGGUCACGGAUCGUGUCAGGCUUGUACGACAGCACGAUCCGAGUGUGGGACUCGGCAACGAGUGCUGCUUUAGGAGAACCACUUGUAGGACACACUAGCUGUGUCAAUGCUGUUGCUUUCUCACCAGAUGGGUCACGAAUCGCGUCAGGCUCGGAUGACAAGACAAUCAGGGUGUGGAAUAUGGUAACGGGUGAUGCUGUGGGAGAGCCUUUCGAGGGACACACAAGUUGGGUAAAUUCUGUUGCCUUCUCGCCAGAUGGGUUGAGGAUCGUGUCAGGCUCGGAAGAUAAGACAGUCCGCGUGUGGGAUGUGGCAACAGGUGCUGCUGUGGGAGAACCUCUCGAGGGACAUACAAGCUCGGUCAAUUCUGUUGCUUUUUCACCAAACGGGUUGCGUAUCGUGUCAGGCUCGCAGGACUCGACUAUCAGGAUAUGGGAUGCGGCUAUAGUUCAACAUGGCCUGAGCUAUGUCGAUGACCCACAGGCGAUGUCACGCUCGGAUGCCAAUAAUCCUUCCGCAAGGCGAUCUGAUUUUUACGGUAUGCGUCCUGCUUCUAUUCUCAUCUCAUCACGUCCGGAACAUGCCAUGCGCACAGAUAGCCUCUAUGAUGAUCCUUUGACGUCACCUCAAAGCUACCACCGUCUCUCUAAACACCUGAAUAACGAUGGUUGGAUAGUGGGUCCAGCCAGAGAAUUGUUAUUUUGGGUGCCUGUUGCAUACCGCGACAAGCUGUGGUCUGAUGCAAGGCUGAGGCAAGUCAUAGGGAAGGAAUAUGUGCAGCUCGAUCUUAGUCAAUUUGUUCAUGGAACCUCUUGGCAUGAGUGUUAUCAACCUUCGAAGUCGCACUGA